AUGAGCAUUCGAAGGUUGAGUGUCGAAGAAUCGCAAGCGCUUUACUCUCUGCUCAGAGCAGAGCAGCGUCCACUCCAUGAGAUCCUCUCCCAAUUCAGCUCAUCAAUCCCUUCCUCUCGCCAUUUCACUCUCUCCACCUAUCUCCUCAUCUUAUUGCAGGACAAUAAGGUUCUCAGCACCACUGAGAGGUUAAUAGCUUUCGCUCUGCUUGUUGAGGCUUAUUCAUCCCAGAAACCUGCUUCAAAUCCCUUCAUAAGUUUCGUUGUAAACGCUUCCUGUCAUGAAGGAUCAGAAAAAGUUGAGAGGGCAUUUAUUCUGCAGCUACUAGGUGUUGAUAGCUCCAACAGUGGAAAAGAGUUUCUUAAACAGUCUGCAUCAGAUUAUGUUAAAGGAUUUGAUCAGUCAUUACAUGAGUUCCCUCCACUAGAUCAGUUGAAGCAGCAGUUCUCUGAUAAAGUUCAUCUAGAACCAUAUCAUUGCUUAUUAAAAGAUGGUACUGUAAAAAAUGUAGUCCCAGACCCAGAUGUUCCCCCAAGUUGUGAUGCAGAUUCAUUAGAGUUUGAUGUGCGACCCGGAACAAAACCUAAACAUGGUGCUGGAGAUAAAGAAGAGGCAGUAGUUGGGUUGCUGUCAAAUCUUUCAUUGGAAGGAUUAAAUCCUCAUUGGGUCAGACCACUUCCACCAAGGCUGCCUAUACUUGAUGGGGAGCUAGUUUGGCUCAACCCUGAUGACAAUCACGAACUUAUGUGGGACUAUGGUAUGUGUGUUGAUACGAGCAGAGGGGCUGCAGUAAGGGACUUAAUUGCAAAAGCUCUAAAGGGCGCCCUUGCACCUGCCCAGCAAGAGCAAGUUCUGGUGGAGCUAGCAAAUGAUCCAAAGCUUGUAUAUCACUGUGGACUGACACCAAGAAAAUUGCCAGAACUGGUGGAAAACAACCCCCUUAUAGCAGUUGAUGUUCUCACUAAGUUGAUAAAGUCUCCAGAAAUUUCAGAAUACUUUACAGUACUUGUCAAUAUGGAUAUGAGUCUACAUUCAAUGGAAGUUGUGAACAGGCUUACAACAGCAGUUGAACUACCAUCACAAUUCAUUCACAUGUACAUAACUAAUUGUAUAGCAUCCUGUGUGAGCAUCAAGGAUAAAUACAUGCAAAACAGGCUUGUGAGACUUGUCUGUGUGUUUCUGCAAAGCCUCAUUCGGAACGACAUUAUUAAUGUUAAAGAUCUCUUCAUUGAAGUUCAAGCGUUUUGCAUCGAGUUUUCACGGAUUAGAGAGGCAGCUGCGUUAUUUAGACUUCUCAAGUCGUUGGAAUGA